GCUCCAGGCCUCCGCACUCUUAACCAACCUCAAUCUUCAACUUCAAGCUGCAGCACACUGACAUCUCGAGCCACUUACAUCAAGACGUGCCUUAGUGCUUGCCGGCAAUUGCCCACUGCUCAUCGACACGCCCAUGAUCCGGCAAUUGAUCUCUUUGAAGGUCCAGAUGCGACGGUGGAGUCCAGCACAUUGACUACCAUCUCAGUCUCCUAGACGAAAACACCACUUACAAGGCAGGAACUGGUCUACCUCUUCAGCGCCUUCAAAGGCCAGGUCAUCAUCUGCAAGCAUGGAGGCCAUUAUACACGCUUACAAGGAUACUCUCCUGCUCCUCGACUAUGUCAAUGGCUCCACGAGCUCGAGUUCGAGUUCAAGUUCAACUUCGAGCGCCCAGAGACCCCAGCCACCGAAUAUGCUCCUCUUCAUUGGCGGCAUGUAUGACAAUUUCCGCAGUCCGGGAUACACCGACGACCUCGCAGCGUUAUUUCCACGCGAUGUGCCCGACCAGCAAUGGCGGGUCAUGCAUGUCCAACUCUCUUCAGCAGGAAGGUCAUUUGGCCUGUUCGACCUGGACCGUGAUGUCCACGAAAUGAGUGCAGCAAUAACCUACAUUCGCGAAACCAUUACCCAGUCCUCUACGACGCCCAUCGUCAUAAUGGGCUUUUCGACAGGCUGCCAGGACGUAAUGCACUAUCUGUGUUCUCCUGGUUCACGCCCACGCAUAUCGGGUGCCAUCAUUCAAGCACCUGUCUCCGACCGUGAGGCUAUCCUCGACGAAAUCAAGACCAACCCCUCGGCGAAAACCGCAUACGACCAUGCCCUAUCCAUAGCCAGGGCCACAUCUGCCGAAAAACACAAAACCACAAUCCUCCCAACCAAUCUCACUAAACACUUGAUUGGUUCAGCACCCUUGACGGUAUCUCGCUUCCUCAGCCUCGUCUCACCAGACUCGCCCGCUCACCCAGCCAUGGACGACUACUUCUCCAGUGACCUCUCCGACCAGCGCUAUCUCGACACGUUCGGCCGCAUCGGAAGCCUCGACUUCCUACAGCCUUCCAAACCAGACACGCCUAAGAGUAUCCUCAUUCUCGAAGGUGGCAGUGACGCCUCGGUUCCUUCACACAUCAACAAAGAUCUCCUACUUGCGCGCUGGAAAACUGCCAUCGAAUCUGCCGGCCGAGCCCGUAUGUCACCUCAUUCUAUGAUCAUCUCGAAUUCCAAACACGACAUUUCAGGUGAGUCGAUUGAGUGCCGUAUCGCAAGACUGGUCGACAUGCGCCGCGCGGUCCUCCACUUUCUGGAUGACACCGUCGGCCACGUCGGCUCUGAAGCACAAGGCUCGGGCGCAUGGAAGGUCUGGAAAAGCGACAAAGAUGCCAUCGAGGCCGAGAAAGGUGUGGACCAGGUGAAACUAUAAGGCCAGCCAGGCGUCCGUGCAUGCGCAUGGACUGUGCCAACAUCCUGCACAUGGCCCAACAGUUACCUCUUGUCACGUCCCACAGUCCAGAUCCCGAUGCUGACUGGCACGACUGAACAUUCACGAGUGAUGGCAAUCCCAACAUCGAACCAGUUAAAGGUUCUUAAACAGAUUCAAGGCCGCAGUUGCACGCCAUGGCAAAGCAAGAGCAGCAUAGGAUCUCCCUCAGCAAGUCUCACCCUUUACCUCCAAGGUCGGACAUGGCAGUUUGCUAGGCUUGACCUACGAAUUAUCUUGGCGUGCUAUUGAUACCAUGAGAGAUGUCGAGGCAAGAGAGAUGUGAUAUCGUCGGCGUAGGGAACAAAGGCCCACAAGCUCGACAAGAGCCAACAGCGAUAAAAGUAUGGUGAAAAGUAGCUUGAUUCUGGCUUACCUAGGUACAGUAGCAUCUGAGGAGAUAUGAAGAACGGCAAUGUCACACUUGGGCGAGAGGAUAGAA